AUGCCGUCAGGACGGUCGAAAGAGGAUGUCUUUGACCUGUUAGAACAUGCUAUCUCAGAUGUUACUGGAUUCCACAAGCAUGCACAACUGCUGGCCGUCGACCCCCACCCCGAGGCCCCCGACUUGCUUUUGAUGGAGGUUACCCCCGCAAUGGCUGACCAGUUACUCAGCCCUAGAUCUGAUUCUGACUUUUGCUUCAAAUCUUUCAAAGACUCCUCACAAUCACAGACAGCCUACCUUUGCUCUGAGGAUAGGACUUUUAAAGUUUUGGAGGCUGAAACAUCAAACUCCCUGCUGCUUGCCCCUAAUCUCUGGAUUCCUACUAAAAAGGACAACGAACAUCCUCCGGCAGAGCCUUUUGUCACGCAAGCGAACAUCGUCGGAAUUAAGUCCUGUUACUUGGAAACUGCAAUAGUGAGAGCACCUCCGUUGAAUAAACUGAAACAGCUUCUCAUAAAAUCGUCGUUUGCUGGACACAUUGAGGAGGACGACCGGGAUGACUCCACUGCUACUCAGUUUUAUUCCUUUCAAGAGCUGUUGGAAAACGUCCCCUGCAGCAAAAGGGAACUCAUUGCAGCGCUAGACCGACUGAACGUCAUGGUUUGGGAAGGAAAGUGUCGCAUGUUUGAGGUCGAAUAUCUGAAUUCUGUGAGUCUCAUUCUUUAAAUUUACAGCCCCAUCCUGCUUACUAUCAUUUAUUUGUAUGCAAGGGGACCCAUAUCUCGAAACGGCCAUUUGUUGUUCAUAGGAGUGCAAGAUUCUAUCUACAAAUUUCCAGUACUGAAGUUAGGUUUUUUCCCUAUGUGCGUGUCAAUCACACAGGACCAAUUAACCUUUUGUUUUUGGUUUCCGUCAGAAUUGUCACUUGCCGCGCUUGGGAACGCAGAUGCACUGCUUUCGAUGGCAGCAAAAAUUGUGUCCUUGGCACAAAUGGGGAGUGAUUUCGAGAAUGCUCUUUAUUUGCCAUGAUUACACUUUGCAGGCAAACAAGCGUUUAUAGAUAAAAGCGACAUUUGUACUUUACUCCACAGCAUUAAGGGCAGCUGGCUGCGCUGGUGUACCACUGGCUUCAUGCUAAACCGCCGAGGCAUGGUGGUGAGAAUGAGGCAGGCGGUUUUCUCCACCGAGGUACGCAUCGGUUAAACAAGGAGAGAGAGUGGCCUUUCGGCAACUGUCGAUAUCCGGCGGCCGCGAGGGCAGAGAUUUAGUGUCGCCUUCGCUUCCUACUGUAGUUUCUCUGCACACUGUUCUUUCCGCGUUUACUUCAUCUCUGAAAAUAUCCCUUGCUAACCCGCAUGCUGGUUUUUUGUAGUUUUGGCGCCUUGAGAGCUGUUUAGAACGUCGGCCCUACUUUUGACCAAGCCAUCCACGCCCUUAUCAACACAAUCGAGCGGUGUCUGUCAGCCCUGUAGCGCCUGAGCAGUGAGAGUACUUCAAGCUCCACAAUCAUCAGGCCAGGUUCCGAAUAGCAGGCGAAGACUUUAUACACCAGAAUGAAGGAUUUCUUGCGCACAGAAUACCGAUUUGCUGCCUCGGGCAGCAGUGGCCGCUGGCGAGGUCAAGUUGUGGGCUUACGAUGUUAGUUCGUGCCUAAGAGAGAGACGAGUGAUGGAGAAUGCCUUAAUAGGUUUGCGUAGCAUUUUUAAAUGCUGUCCAACUGGUGUGUGUUGCAUUAGCUGAGGGAUGAUGUGUCUAGUUGUUUGUGUUGCAUCGACCCGGGGGUGACGUGUUCAUAGGGAGUAUCGGCGACCGAGACUGUCUUAAUGCACUUGUGUUCGGGCCGAAGUCGGUAGUGGGACUGCUGUUUAACAUCGCGUGAACCUCCUCUUAACACAUCUGGAGAACUAUCACUUCAGCUACGUUUGAAUCAAGUACAUAUUUAUUCGUGUCAAGGAGAUUCGGCCAAUACAGAAAGCGGUCAACUAAACUGUAGUGUGAUGUGCAAUUAAUGGCUUGGACAGCCGUGGUGCGCAAGAGCGUUCUGGGCAGCUACCUCCGCCACGAACGACUUGAAAACUUCCUCCCAUCCAUGUGAUUUUCUCCCGUAAUCUUCAUCCUUGUCACUAUUCAUCAUCUCCAGGGUGUAGGAUUCCAUUUGGCGAGAGACAAGUUGGAUUUUGCCCUAAAGACAACUGUCUCUAACAAGCAGAUAUCUGAGGAGACGAUCCGAAGUUCUCAAAAAAACAUGCCAAAAAACAAGAGACGGAAAACUUGAAACCGUCACAAAUUUACACCUACUAUCCAUAAUUAAGAUCAGCGCACUGGGAGAGUGGGGGAGAGAAAGGAAUGGGGACAAAUGCUUUAAGAGGUUUUCACAGCAAGUUCAGGUGUUGAAUCGGGGGGGGGGAGGUGACGCAUUCAGGUGGCGCCUGGGCGACCGCGACUCUGAGCGCACGUGUGUUAACGCUGAAGUCAAUAGUGUGGCUGCGGGUCAGCAAGGUUAGAACCGCUCACUACGAAAGCAAGUGACCUUGAAGCAGCGGGGUCUUAAACAUAACUGCCAGAAAUCGUAAUAGUGACUAUCGACAACUGUCAUAUUAGGAGGAAUAUGGUGUUGUAUGUGCCUAACAAAGAAGCCUAACCGCUUCACUACAUGUGUGGCUUCAUCUCUAAUAGUUAGGAAAUGUAAGUCGUAAAUCUAAUAGUUAAUCUUUCCAGGGUUUGUAUGUGGCUAAUCGUAGAUUGCCCUUGGAGUCCUGCCGUGUACGCGUGUAGAAAAUGCGCAUUUCUAAGUCCGACUUUUCGGCUUUGGAACCCGAUGCGCUUUUGCCCUUCUGUUAGCGAUGACAAGUUCAUCCCGCUCCUAUCCAUCCUCACGCCUACCUCCCAAGAAUCCCUAAAACUGUAAUAACCGCAGUUUUCACUCUCCAUAACCUCUCCUAUCUGUGAACGAGGUGUUUUUCCACCUGUGACAAAUUUAUUUAUGAAGCCUAUUGAAGAGAGACUGGCCGUAUUGCUGCGUAGCCAAACAGAGCCUCAAUGUUAGAUUAGCCACUGCUCCCCAGCCCACCUCAGGUCUUCUGGCUACUGGAACACAACGCGUGUGAGAAGACAGAGUGAGGUCGGUGUUGCGUGGGUCCCCUCGCUACCUUUGAGGGUAGUGAUCAACAGCGUGUUGACAGAUGGAGUACUAGGAUGAGCAUAGUUGCCACACUAAUCAUCCAGAACCCUGCAGCCGACGAGACUUCCUCCUGAGCGUGAAAGCGAUUGAAAAUCCAGUCUUUCUGAUUAUCACACGGCUAACCUAAUCGGAUCAUAACGGAGCGGUAUAUUGACUUAUUUUUGACAUUAUGUGACAUGCAGUAGUCACUGACUCUAGUGGAACGUCAAUGGGAAUUGCUGAAUAUUCUUCUUACCCCGAAAUGACUUCUAUCUGAGGUCUCUACAAGGUCUGUACGUUGCCAUCCCAUCUUCAGUGUGGGCAGUUUGAGCUUACACAGCGUUUUCUGCGACUUAUAUUCCGCAUAGAGCAAACAAGUUUAAAGAUGUGGUUCUGAACCUCCAUGUCGCGUAUGGGCUUUAGAAAACACGCUAACCGCUAUGACAUUAGGUGCCAGUAGAGGUAAUGAUUCCUAGGUCAGCAGGUGAUCCGUUCUGUUAAAUGAUCUCCUUAUCUUGUGGUGUGUGUAAACGCAUUUCUAGGUCUAACUGGGCUAUUCGCAAGCAGCUUUGGUUUAUGUACAUUGACAGCUAGCGCACAUUAGCAAGUCCAUUCGGAAACUCGAAGGAAAACAACAGAACGUUGCUGGGCACUGCCAACUCAAGUGAUGUAGAUUCUCAAACGCGCACUCAAAUGUUCCUGUGGUCUACAAAACGGCUAAUCUAGUUGGUGCUUUCUUAAAGCUACUCUUAUCAUCGUUCUCUGUGCCCUACAGGUAAUCCAGGCCAUCUUCGAUCUGGCUGACGAGAACGCCUGGAAUUGGUCCAAGGACGGUUUACCAGCAGCUGCCGCCGUGCUAAGCCUCGAAAAGCUCUACCCCGCCUCGGUGACGCGCCAGGUGUUCCAGCGUUUCUUUUAUCGUAGGCGAUCAGCCACUGUCCCUCCCGGUCACGUCUUUCCGCGCCUCGGAAAGAUUUGCCAGCUUGUUGGAGAGCAUCUUCUCUCUGUGACUACUAAGUUUGCCCUGCAGGAUUUCUUCUCCGUUUGGUGUGCUGCAGUGCCGCGAGGAAUGCGCCCACGUCUGCGCCAGCAUCUCACCUGUGCCGGCCGGGCGGUUUGCGAGUCUCACCUGGAGCUUGCGCCUGCGGGAGGCUCUAACAACGCUGCCACAGAUAAGGCCCACAGAGGUCAAAGCAUCUCCCUCCUGCGCUCCGAAGAUCUGCCAGAUGACUCAGUGGAAGCACGUCUAGAGGUCUUAUUUGCCCGUCAGGCCGUCUGGCCAGAAGCUGAGCUUGCAGGCUACAUGGCCGACCUAGUGGUGGGCGCCGCCUCUGAGGACCGCUCUUGUGAGUUUGUCUUCGAGGGCACUGUCGAGGAGGAGCUUAUUGUGCUCUCCGAUUGCGAAGACGACGCAGAGCUCGAGUCGAUCGACCUCAACUCGGUGGACUUGCCGAUUGAGGGCGGUGUUGCACGCGUUCCCGUGGUGUUUGAUAAGCCAAAACCUGUGCCGGCCGUCCUUGGAACCCUGUUAGCGCAGCAUUGUCGGGCUAGCGGUACAGCCGGUGCCCGAGUUUACACGGAGAAAUACCCACGAAAGUAACUUCCUACUCACUUUGCCUGAAGAUCCUAUUUUUGUACACCUCCUGGGCUAUAAAGUGUUUCCUUAAUAACGCUUCUCAUCCAUGCUUUGCCUGGGCGUUUUCCCUCGUUAUGGACUGAAUUGCCUUAAAAUCCUCCAAAUCUCCUAUCGCAUUGGUUAUGGGUACGCAGUUUACGUUAUUUGGCGAUAUGCCAGACACUUUAAAUGUCGGGUUGGUGAGACUGGCUGCGCCAAUUCCGGGACUCACCUAAUAAGAGCUCCUUGUCCUCCAUAGUUUGUCGUAAUAGAUGAUCUGAUUGUCUCAAUUUUGGAUCUGUAACUAGCUGGCACUGCCGUCUUGGCACUAUCUGUGGCUUUAACAAUUGUCACAUUGUGGACAGUUAGGAACCCGCGCAGCCAGUAAAAAAUAGAUCGUCAGCCUCCCAACUCUGUACAGGGUCCUGUGAUGCUGAACUAGAAGUACAUACAACGCAUCCACUCUGUGCGGACGCUCAAUACCUUCAUACUGCUGACACUAGUAAGUGUGACCUGUUUUAGUCUGAAGCGCUUUCUUGCUGCAAAGUAUGUCCUCUGCAGAUCACCUGUAGAAUACUCAGCGCUACUCCAUCUGACGACGCGUCUUCCGACUGUGCGUUUCAGUCUUUAGCACCAGGGGGUCGAGACGGGCAGUUCAGUUGCAGAACUUGCGGCUGUAGCUACUGUGGCACAGAGGCGAUAGUUCAACCGUCGUCCGUCGUGUUCCCCAGGGAGUACGCGCAGCAUCGGUGACCUGCGCGUGUACUAGUUUAUAGUAGUAGCAGACUUGUGCAGCGUCUGCCGCACUCUCUCUCCCCUCACCCACACUACUCUGAUUGGAGAACGACAUCAAGACGUCCAGAAGUGGGCUCGGAUAAAGCCGCUGACAAGGCUAAGUGGCACGUCUACGUGCGCCACACGACCUGGUCCGGGCCUCAGUGCGGGAAGUCCGGAUGUUACAUGUUCGACUGCCAUAAAAGCUACAUCAAGGAGUAGCCAUUGCAGCCCGAUUCGCAGUCCCUCACUCACUCUGGAGUACUCCCACAAGGGUCGAGUUAUCCGGUCAGUUGCCACCCUUUAAGUCACGGCUCUUGGCUGGUCGUGAGGAAUUCACGCACGCCAGGUUUAUUAGGGUGCGGGGUGCACUGAUUUUCCGUGCCAGUUGGUUCCCCUUUGUCGGCCUCCCUUUACCAUAAACCAUUCGAUUUUCUGACCAUCUCAACGAACUGGUGGUGAGCACAGAGGUAGUGCACCUUAAACAAAUUAGUGGGGUCGACCGCUAAGAUUUAUCCUCGUAGCAAACACUUAUGAUUGUGUAGGCACUCUGUUCCCUACAGUCUACCCUAAUCUCAUGUUCGGACCUGGGCUGUCAUCGGGUUUAGGCGACGUAUCUAGAUGAGGUUGUAAUAUUGAGUAUCAUGCGGCAUAAUCCUAUUAUAUUCCAGUCACUCCAGAAUGCGCGUCCUUACCGCCACAAAAUAACUGCUUAAUCAUAUGUUUUCUCCCAUUGAUUUCCUGUGCUUUUAUAAGUCUAAACAUGCACAAAGAUAUCCUUCCUUACAAUCAUUUUUGGUAAACGUGGUCACCUUCAAUUUUUUUGCCCCCAGAAAUGGUGUUCUUUGAUUGCAGAUAGGUUUUUUUAGUAUGCGAUAUUUAAGACCCUCAAAUAUCUGUUCCAGUGGCUUCAUAUCUGUCGUUAGUAACGCAGAGGAAUGCAUGAUUUUCCUUAAAAUGGAAUUAUGCUGGUUUGCGAAGUUGAAAGCUCCACGAUGGUAAUCUCAGGAAGAAAAGUUGCUCGUUAGAACAGAUUUGUCUUCUUGCUGACCUUUUGGAGAACUUGAUUGACUCUUAACUUUCCAAGCGCUUAAUGCCGAAAAUCGGCCAGAAUUUUCAAUGACUGGCCGCGUUAAUUGACUUUGAACUGAUCGAUUUUUCCUUCUUUCGCUGCCUCCCAGCCCUUAGGCAGAUGCUUGUGGGGCUUGACGGCCGCCUGCGUUACACAUUGUCACCUCGAUGAGGGGCUACCUGAAACUCGGCUUCCCCUUUGGGUGGGCCCGUCGCGGGGCCGUGUCCGUUCGGUUUUCCUAAGUUUGAUGCGAUCAUCCUGUCCGGGUCCUCACGUAUGCAAAGACGCAGCACUUUGUAGGCCGCAGUUUGAAAACGCAAGUACAACAGAGGACAAGUUCAAAAUUAUUGGAGAAUCGGAAAACUUGUUUAGUGCUGAACGACAGCCUGUCUUCGAGCAGGACUUUGAAGGCGUAGUUUACUACAGAAGCAAUAUCAUAAGAGCUAUUUUCUGUGUCCUUUCUAUAAAAUAUAUUUGAGUUUAUAGGGGGGUCAAAAGUUAUUUUAGUGGGUGUGACUUUUGCAAACGACCGCAAAGAGAUGCGUUCAAAUGCCGGAACCUUGGCGCAAGCGGUAUUUCUUGCGUUCACCGCGCUGCAAAUUAAUUAGUAUCACAACUUCACUUAAGUAUUUCUCACUAACGGAGAUCCCAUUUCAAAAUUUCAGUUAAUGCCUCGUGCAAUACUGUGGUUUUUACGCAGCGGGCCCGAGCUCGAUCGUAAACCGACGCAUGCCGACUGUGCGGUUAUCAAACCAAUUGCAGGGACUGCGAAGAGCGAUGUACAGACGGAAGACGUAGAAGUACUGCAAGUGAUUGCGGUGUAAGAGGUGUAUUGAGUGACUGUAGGACAUACCGUUACCUGCAAAAUGGGGGGUCCAUACUUCCAGAUUUUUGAGCGGUGAGCCGGUCUUCCCGACGCGUCUUAUCUCUUGGGCGAAGCGACGCAUGCUUAGAGAGCUGUGGAGGCUAUUCCCGCGGACGUGUGCGACCAUGGGAGAAUUUGAUCUGGCAAAAACAGGUGUAGCUUGUUUUCCCGGAGACCUAGUCAAUCCACGCGUAGAUUGAGCUCUCCAUACAGUACUCUCAACGCGAUUAGGCUUCCGCUCUAAUGCGGAUGUGUCUCCUUGUGUCACCAACGCAUCUCAGGCGUGGGUCCCACCACCGAACACGGUGGACUUCCGUCUUUACUUGGGAUGCUUAAUAUGCAUGUGCUUUAUGCAGCUCAGGCCCUAAUUGAUUUUAUGGUCUGUCGAAUAACUUAUGUCGUAGCGAUCCGCUGCACCGAACUCCGAGUACUCCUCAAAUGACCUUCGGCAAGGGCUGUUUGUCAAGUUACCAGGACGAUCUACCAGUCUUCGACCACCAACGGCAGUGCCAUCAAGAUACAGACAUUUGGUUUCCGUAACAUCUUUAUUCCCUUCAAAAACCGAUCUAAGCACCAGCGAACUACGCAAGUGCCUACCAGCGGGACCUCCAUUAACAGGUCUCGCCGACAAGACCGAACGAAACCACUAUCAGUCAGUAAGUCAGUAUAUUUGGAGUAAACGACAGAAGCCAUGAAAACUCCAUUUAGAGGGUACAGGUAUAAAGUAAAAUAGUUAAAUUGCAAAACUUUUGCUUGCAGUUUUAGAAGAGAGAAUUCGUAAAUCUAAUAAUGUAACAUAAAGGUGAAAGGGGUAUUAUAUUCGCAAAAUAAUUGCGAAAAACUUUGUUCACCGCAUUCGGACUGUGAAAAUUUCAAUAUGAGAUAAGUUUGACGCAAAAAAUAGGAUCUGUUGAAAGCAUGUUAGUAGUUAUGACUAUAAAUAUACUACUAACCACUAUUACGCUCUUGUUUCUGCCUUUUCUCUUGUGGCGCAUCUAAGGGGACAGUAACGGAGAGUCUCAAUCCCUGAGGGAUUUGUCUGGCAGAUAAGACAUGGGAUUGACCGAUGGCCUUGCGGUAACUUCUGGGGCGGCACUUAUCCCCGUGUCCUAACAUUGGCAUUAAGCCUACCCCUUUCGAAAUUUAAAGUAAGGUCACUUGUAAGACGGGGGUACCUAUUCCCAUUCCGUCCCCUGGUGCACAUCGUUUUUUAAAAAAAUCUAUGGAAUGGAACUUCAUCCGCUCUAAAAAGUACUCGUUUUCGCCCGUUUUAAAACAUUCUGAGCUAGUUUUCCGAAAGUGAAUAACAACGGCGUCGAAAACCUGCGCCCCAACGCGGGUCAGCAUUUACUUCACUGACCGCGCCUAGCCAUUUUGCUCUACGCGGCAGCUUUUGAUAACAGGGUUCUCUUAACAAUGAGACAUUCCCUCGAGUCGGCAUCGAAAAGAGUCCGAUCUCUCAGUAAGAAAAUCCGGACCUGGUCGUCUGGUUCAAGCAAUCGCGAUUUCUGCUCUUGUUGACUCUGGACUUUCUCAGACACUAUCUAGUUGCCUCAGUCAGUUAUCGCGAUAGGGCAUUUUAGAUUCACUUCUGAGCACGUCACUCUUACACUUUAAUUUGCCGUUUUCCAAAGGUCUGACAAACGUGAGUUCAUUUCCCCGACGGUUUCAUUUUUGGCCGUACGCGGGAAUAUGGACCCUUCGUACUACAUGUGGCCUGGCACUAAAUUUCAGGAGGGCACCUCUUCCCGUGUUCUAGCUUUAACUCUAGUCCCCCUAGCCCUAACAGAGAUCGUCAUAAACCUUAGGCUAACCCUACCCCCUGGGAUUUUGUGCGAGGCCAUUUGUAAUACUGCGAGUUCACGUUCCCAUGCCAAACCUCAUUUUUUUCCGCGAAAUACGAUAUUUUAUCUGUCGUUUAGGUAAAGAUUAGGGGUAAACUCAUGGACUCGCACCUUGCAUGUUCUCACACUGUGGGGAGCGCGUAGUCUCCGUAGAGAAGAUCUUACCUGUCCACAGAAGCAAUAUCUGUGCGAUCAUCUCCUGGCUUCCUAUCCCAACUUACUCAGCAACAUUCCCUCCCUUGAAGCAUUUGUAUGAACCUAGCCUUCAUCAUUCCACCUAACGGAUAAGUCUGUCGAUGCAAUUUUAGACGCCACCUUCAGAGCUGCCUCUCUCGAACCUCUCCCCUUCACUGUUUUAGGGUCCUAGCAGAGUGCCUUCGCUUACUGAUCUGUGCUGUUCAGCCAUAGCCAGGUAUUUCCACCUCGUGGAUUCCCUCUGCGGAGUGCCAGAUCACCUGGGCAGAUGCAUAUUUGACCACCUCCUGCCCGCCUUCCAGACCCAGGCGGAUGUGCGCCUCGCACGCCAGACAGUAGCCAUCUUCUCCAGCUCCUUCGGCGAGGACUUUUUGCACGCCUUCGUAAUCACCUCCAGUGUGCCUUUUUGGCUGACCGUGCUCUCUGCCAGCUGCAGUCUGAGAGAGCUUUGGUUGGACAAAUGCGAGCUGGGUACCCGGCAUGCUGAUCUUCUGCCCCUUUUGGGUACUGUUUGCACCAGCCUGCGCUACCUCUCCGCGCGCUUUAACCACCUCUGCAAUGACCAGGUGCGUGCGCUGACAGCGGCAGCGCGCUACACCAGGCGGUCCAGUCUAGCCUGUUUGGACCUCUCGGGUAGGCAGUUGUGGAUAUUUUGUGACUUUUCUGCCCUUUAGGGAACGGCUUUUUGGACGAAGGUUGUCUCAAGCAACUGGCCCCUCUGCCGUCCUUGUGCGUGGUCUUUCUCAGCGACACCGGCCUAGCGGUAUGUUUACGAUCUUUCCUCCCAAAAUGAUAUCAGCUAUCCUGGCUGGCGUUUGGCUCAUAUAAUGCAGAAUAGCAUCACCAGAUAUGGCCAUUCUAACCUCCCUUGCCCCCAUCGGCAAUUUCAUUCUGUCUAUACUGUUAGCCGCCUGCAGAGUUCUAGAUCUAGCCCCAGGGCACAACGGGACGAAUAUGUCCUGCAACGCGACUAUCGAGCGCCUCCCUCUAUCAUAGCCGAUUAUCCGAGCAUUGCUGACAUGAAGAGCCCGUGACUCAAUGUUUGGAUAGUUGAACCCGAUCUCUAAACCGGAGGGUUUACCACCUAAACGGCGUACCAUUGCAGGAGAUAGACGCCCAGAAAGACUUGGGGGUGUGGGUAACGGCUUCUCUAAAACCGUCGCUUCACUGCUCCAAGGUAGCCAAGUCUGCGAUGUCAGUCCUUUAUCUUGUCAAGAGAGCUUUCUCUACCUUCGAUGAGGACUGCUUCGUUAAAGUCUUUCGGACAUUCAGGCGUGGAAACCGUGGACCUCUAAAGAUCUCAGCAUCCUCGAGAAAGUUCAGAGGCGGGCAACCAAACUCGUAGGUGGACAGGGUUCACUACCCUAUGAAACCCGAUUGUCCAAUCUCGGCCUCUUUCCACUGAGUUACAGACAGCUAAGAGGCGACCUUAUACAAACAUUCCGUAUACUGCGCGGCCAGGACUGCUGUCUCGUACCUGCUGAUUUCUUUGAGUUAGCGAUCACAACGAACCUCCGAGGUCAUCCACUUAAACUACGCGUAACUGGCGCCAAGCUGGACACUCGGAAGUUCUUCUUUUCAAACAGAGUGAUCGAGGCCUGGAAUGCUCUGCCUGCAGGUGUCGUCAUGUCCACCUCCGUCGAGGCUUUUAAGCGCAACUUGGACCAUAUUGCCACCAAUCGUCACAAUGCCACCUGACAGAUUGUCUAGCAUUUCGUUCUAACAGUUUAUUAAUGUUGCUAUAUUACUUCCUAUAUUUCAGUAACGUUUGUUUUUUUAAUAUUGUCCCAUGUCUGUAAAAUGUGUGUUGGCAUUCAAUUCGUCUCCCUCCGAAACUGAGAUAGCACCAACUAUCCCUAGACAGACUACUGUACAGCACAUUUAGUAACGUUAAUGUUUUUAACUCUUGGAACAAUUCGUUUAUCUGUCUGGCUUACAAAACUUUGCCAAUCUGAAAAAAACUCUGUAGCCGUUUGAUGUUUCAAUUUUCAAAUUUUUUUUUUAUUGUUCGCCUCCUUGUAACAAAUAGGGAGUUCAAAGGUUUAACACCUAUAUUUCCCUCAAAUAAACUGAACUGAAUCACCCGGACGCUAACCCCAGGGGUUGCGCGCCCGAGGAUGGGUAUGGCUGGCUGCUGACGACUACUAAGCCACAAACAGCCAUUUCAGUCUCUCUCGUCUUUGUCAAAUAUCCCACGACCUUUAUGAUUCCCCUUCAAAUUCAGGUGUCUACCCUCCUGUUGCCCGGUUGGAGACAACACCGUGACGCCAAGGGAGCCGCAGUCCGCAAGAUCCGGUCCUCCUGUUGGUUAUCCCUGGCGCUGGCCGCUGAACAUGUAACGAACCCCAGCCAUCCUUACGAGUCACCACUUGUAAUUUGGCGUUCCCCUGUUAAGUGA